AAACGAGUGGAAGUUGACGAAAGGAUGGCUAGUGCAAAAAUAAACAUUUUAAGCUUUCUGCUACUGCUGUUGUGUGUGAUGGUAUCCUUUAGCUGGGCACAAAUGUUUCAUUUUCCGGACAAAGCACAGCUAGAGCUAAGUGACGUAUUGAACAAGGAAUGCGGUUGUACCGACUACAGUGACCGCGAUCGUCCCCCGGAAGGACGGCUGCAGGAAUCGCCUUGGCUGGCGUUGUUCUACUAUCCGGAUGAAACCGUUCACUUCUGCCACGGAACGCUGAUCACUCCGGCUCACAUUCUUACAACAGCCGUCUGUGCUAGCAAUGUCGUAGUGAAUAGCACGGACGUUAUACUGGGGGAAUAUGAUUUUAGCGUCGAGCAGGAUUGCGAAGGUGUUAAAUGUGCAGAUCCUGUGCAAAAACGGCUGGCACAGAAGAUACUCAUUCACGAAGGCUUUGACCAGGAGACGUUCGAAAACGAUAUUGCUGUUGUCGUAAUUCGAGAGGUGAUGAUCAGUGAAUCCAUCAAGCCCAUCUGUUUGCCGCUGAUCAAGUUCGAAAUCGGAUCAGUCAAUCAACCGAACGUUUACAACACCCUCUGGACGACAUUGCCGCGUCCACAGCAGCACUGGAUGCACUAUGUCGAACUGAACGAGUGUCGGCAGCUGAUCGGUGACAAAAUUAACCUGAACGAUGGCCAAAUCUGCGCUAGAAGCUUCAACAAUCGCUCCAUCGAACUAGCCGGAGGUGCUGGUUCGGCACUUGAGGUCGAGUAUCAUCACCGAAUGUACCAGGUGGCGAUGCUAUCGAUCGGUAUUGUCGACUCCAAACCGGGUACACCCUAUAUCUAUGUUGACAUACCGAAGUACGUUAAGUGGAUCCACGACACGGUGAAGAACAACCUUCGAGAAUAGUUCGCAUCAGAAACACAAAAAUAUCAUUGAACGAAAUAUAUGUGUGGUAGGAAAUCUUCCAAUAAAACAUAUCUGAAGCUUAAAUAUAGGUUUUUCAAAAACAAAGUUAAAAGUAUAACUGAAAAUAUAGUCAAUAAAAAUAUCGAAUUUAAAUAAAAAUA